GGAAAUACAAAAACCCGCGUGUUCUGUUCUAAGAUUAUAUUAAUAACCUUUUAUAAGAAAAUAUAUUGUCGGAACCUAUGUGUUUCUAUUUAAUUGCUAAUUUAUCUUGAUCCCAUGUCUAGUUACUAGUUAGAAACUGAUGCAGCGGCAUCGCUGAGGAUUUGGAAUGCCACAUGUUACUGUAGUCCACGUACGCUUUGAGCUUUGUUUCUUCGAUGUAGCUUGUUUUUUAAAUAAUUUUUUUCUUUUCAUGUUGCGUUAUUCAUUCAUUGGAAAUUCUUUAUUUAAAAUACAGGACCCAAGAUGGAGAAGCCUCCCCUUCCCAAUGACGAUGACACAGCAGUGACACCAGAUUCUCAGCUCGUCAGCUUGGCUGGCGAGGAUUGUCUGGAGGGUGUUGUUGAGCCCCCGGCCCGAGAUGGCUGGGACAGUAAACUGGAGUAUUUCCUUGCUCAGGUUGGGUUCAGCGUUGGGCUGGGCAACGUGUGGAGGUUCCCCUACCUCUGCCAUCAAAAUGGAGGAGGUGCCUUCCUGCUCUUGUAUGUGCUGCUCAUGGUUCUGGUGGGCAUUCCCUUGUUCUUCCUGGAGCUCGCGGCUGGCCAGGCCAUCCGUCAGGGAAGCAUCGGGGUGUGGAAGCACAUCUCUCCCAAGCUGGCAGGGAUUGGCUUCUCCAGCUGUGUGGUGUGUUUCUUUGUUGCCCUCUACUACAAUGUUAUUAUCAGCUGGAGCCUGUUCUACUUGGGGAACUCCUUCCAGUACCCUUUACCUUGGCAAGAGUGUCCUGAACAUGGCAAUACGACUGUGGAGGAAUGUGCAGCCAGUGAUCCCACUACCUACUUCUGGUUCCGGAAGGCUCUGGACAUCACAGACUCCAUUAACGAGACUGGCGAGUUUAACCCCGUCAUCACCGGCUGCCUUCUUGCCGCCUGGACUAUCGUCUGCCUGGGCAUGUUCAAGGGAAUCAAGUCCUCUGCAAAGGUGAUGUAUUUCUCCUCGGUUUUCCCCUACGUGGUGCUGCUGUGUUUCCUCAUCCGGGGCCUGAUGCUGGAUGGAGCUGCGGAGGGCAUCAAGUACAUGUUCUACCCCAAGCUGGAAAUCUGGGGUGAGGUGCAGGUCUGGCGUCAGGCAGCCACGCAGGUCUUCUUCGCCCUGGGCCUUGGUUUUGGUUCGGUUAUUGCCUACUCUUCCUACAACCCGCGGAACAACAACUGUCACCGCGACGCCCUCACCGUCUCCACCAUCAACUUCCUCACGUCGGUCCUCGCCACGCUGGUGGUGUUCGCCGUGCUGGGCUUCCGCGCCAAGGAUGUGGCCAUGCGCUGUGUGACCAGUAACUUGAAGGUGUUGGAGCUGGUUUCAGAGAAUUUUCUUGACCGGCACCUGCUGCCAAGGUUCAACAUCUCUGAUGCCAGCUCGGUGUCCCUGGAGUCGUACAGCGACUGGUUCAAGGCCCACGGUGCCAGGGUCCCUGGGAACCUCACCGACUGCAGCCUGGAGGAGGAGAUGAACAAGGGCGUGGAGGGAACCGGGCUGGCCUUCAUAGCCUUCACAGAGGCCAUGACUCUGUUCCCCGGCAGCCCAUUCUGGUCGGCCAUGUUCUUCCUCAUGCUUCUCAACCUGGGUCUCAGCACCAUGUUCGGCACCAUGGAGGGCAUCCUCACACCCCUCACCGACAACUUCAAAGUGCUGAAGCGCCACAAGACCCUCCUCACAGUGUUUAGCACCGUCAUUGGCUUCCUGAUUGGCUUGCUGUUUACGCAGCGCUGUGGGAACUACUUUGUGAUGAUGUUCGACGACUAUUCUGCGACUCUGCCUCUCAUCAUCGUUGUGGUGUUUGAGUGCUUCUGCGUGUCCUGGCUAUACGGAGCUGACCGGUUCCUCGAUGACAUUGAAAAAAUGUUGCACUGGCGCCCCCCUGUGGUCUACAAGUACCUUUGGAAGUAUGUGUGUCUGCUGGCCAUGAUAGGGCUGCUGGGAGCCAGCCUACUGAGGAUGUGCUUCAAACGGCCCACCUACACGGCAUGGAAUAGAGCCACGGCUUCUGAGGAAACUCUGGAAUAUCCUGACUGGGCCCUGGCCGUCCUGGCCGUCUUGAUCAUAUCCGCCACGUUGCCUAUCCCCCUGGGGUACAUCCACUCCACCCUGAGGAACAGAACCAGACGCAACUCCAUAGGUAGUGGCUUGGGAAGCGAAACCGGGGGCGUGUACACCAAAUGCAGCACCGUGGAGUGUGACACGCCUGUGGCCGCCCUAUUGGAUGAACAUCUGGAAAGAAACGGCAUACCCAAGGAUUCGCCAUUGACUGAGGAGAACCUCCAACUCCUCCCACAGAGUGAUGGGGUGGAUGACAUAGAAGAAUCGACUGGUGUGUGAUAGCAAGGAAACGAGAACCGGACUAGAACAGGCAACAAAGAGCUGCUAUCUGAUUGGUCAGGUACUACAUCUUGGGACCAUGGAAAAACGUUUACUGAUGUAUUUAUUGAAAGAUGAAAUUAACCAGAUCCUCUGGUUGCAAAUGUUCUGUUUUUAAAUGAUAUGAAUGCUUCCAUCUUGCGGUCCAUAGAUUUAAUGGAUUAAUACUGUAAGGCAGAGAAGUGAACAACCACUUUGUCGUUAGUUGGUCAGAAGUGACGGCUAAAUGUGUUUACAAGUGGUUGGCUUAUAUCUGGAAAUAUCUGGAAUUCUAAAAUCAAAGUAGAAAAUCAGCCCCAGUUACAUGUACUCCCUGUAUGUUUCGAUGUGAAUUGGUGAAAGCAGAUACAAGAAUACACCUUUUCCAAAAGGGCUGUACAAGAAUAACCAAGAAUUUAUAUUAGCAGAAUAUGGAUAAAACAGAAGUCAUCCUUGCACUUGUGUAUUAGAAGAUUGAUGGUAAUGUGUAUAUAAUAUCCAAGUGUUGUCUUUUGUUUUCUCAUUAUGAAAAAACUCAAAUAUGAUCGACAGAUGUCCCACUGCCAAUUUGUUGGCACAAUAAUAGCGAAGUACAUUUUUAUCUUUCAGAACAAACAUUUAUUGAGUCAGUUUCAUUAGUGUAGGUGCAUGAGUUCUGUUGUAAAGUUCAGCAACAAAUACUCAUUUGUCUUAUCUACAUUAAUUGAACCAUUUUUGCUUAAUUUUAGUUGAGCAAGUAAAGUUGUAUCCUCUCUCCUCAAUGCUGUAUUGUCAGUUGAUGAGGAUGAGUCCCCGUGAACUUGACUUUUAAAACAAUUGCAAUGUUUUUAAAGAAAAAUUUUCACUAACAUAGGAUUUUCAUGUGCUUUUAGAUUAGAUUUUUGUAAAGAUACCAGUUUGAGAAAAUGUAAUAUAAUGCAACUGCGACUUAAUAUAUUUUUAAGAAUUUUGACUUUUCUUUCUUAUUGUAUUUACAUUUCUUUUAAAUGCGCAUGGGCAGAACUAUGAAAGACUUGUGAAUUGUCCUUAUAUUUUAAAUGUAUUUUAGAACUGCUUUGUGACUUGCUAUGGUAAUUUGUGUAUUUUUCUUUGCAGUACCUUUGUUUCUAUGUAGUACCUUUGCGUUUUAGGACAGAGUCAAGGAAUCAAACUGAAACUGUAUGGUUCCUACAUGUUACCUUUUGGUAUUAAAAAUGUCUGUGCUGGCUAUGAAAUGACAAUGAACAUUUCAAAACGCUGAACAUUUAAUUUGUCUUUCCAGUGAGUAUUUUUUAAAGUGCAUUCAUGCCUGUGUGUUUAUACAGCUUUGGGAAUAAUUAAGAGACCACUGAACCUUUUUCUUUCCUUUUCAAAAAGUUGAAAAGGAAAGUUUUGAG